AUGGCCGACGAUCAUAGUCGAUUCUGUUGGGAGGCUGUGGUACACUGCGCAGAAGUCUUGCCCGCAGGGGUCCUCAUGGGCACUGGGCUAGCUCUCAGUCGACCCCAGGACCAUAGCGUUGAUACAGUUAUCGUCGUGAUGCUCGUCGUGUCUGGCGCAAUCUCGGCUCUUGCGUACAAACCGGUCCUUCAGGCAGCAAACUUUGGCCAGGUUGCCGUUCUCCUGGCCUUGUGUUGUGUCGCUCACCGGAUCUUUAGUCGUACGCACGCGCUGCAACUCACAGAUGAGAAACUUCUACUGGAUGAGCUCAUUUCGUGCCUAAGAGAAUAUGCGGUCAUGAUGGCUUGUCUCGGUUCGGCGAUUUGCAUGGCAUGUCCAUCCCCCAUGCAAAAACCGUCAGUAGAUCCCAUCCCGGUCGAGCAACAAGACCCAAUGGCCUCAAACGCACCGUCUCUCUACCAAUACCAGGAUCUAGGACAGUCCUGUGAUCUUUCCUCCCAGUCAGACAAGCUCGAAUGCAUCUCAGAUGUCGGAUCCUUACCUUUCCGGCAUGUUGGACCCACGUCCAGUUAUUCAGAAGCCUCAGAGUACUCAGUCUUGACACUCUCGUCAUCCGGCGGCCGAGUUGACCCAGUCUUGGCCAUGUCGAUAUUUCAAUUGUCCAUGAAGAUGAACACAGUGAUGUCAACUCGGGACGAGGAUACCUCCUCGACUGAACCCCAACUUGAGUUCAGUUAA